AUGAGUUUGUGCGAAAACUUAGCCUCAGCUUUUACCCGUGACAACAAUGAUUCUGCCAGAUAUACGCAAUAUCGUGUUCGUCUGCGUGAACUUCUCUCAGCUUCAAAUGUGAAUUCCUCUGCUAACUCCACUGAUGACAUAUUCAAACAUGUUAACGAUCUCACGAACGAUGAUAUAAUUAAUCAAUCACAUUCAUCUGGAUCAAAUGAAAGUAGUGAUGAAGACGAUGAUUCCUCCACUUCUUCUUCUGUGUCAGUUUCAGAAGAAUCUAUGUCUGUUAACGAAGAAAUUGUUGUAGACCCAUUGCUCUAUGAAAAUGGAGACAUUCAUGUUUCAGAGGCAAUCUCGUCGAUAUGUAAUUACAUUGCUGAAUGCAAAUUAAAUUAUUUACAACAAAAAAAACUAAUCGAUCUAAUCUAUUUAUUGAUACCAAAAGACAACAAAUUAAACCGUAGAAAACUUUCGAAACAAUUAAAUAAGCCAUUUAUUUACAAAACUCUAUGUAAUAACUGCACUCAUGAACUUAAUUUAACAUCAAACGUAUGUUCUAACACGUGUAAAUUGAAUAGCAAAGAAAGAAAUGAAGAAGGAGUGAUAGAACAGUGUAUUAACGAUCUUAAAUCUUCUAUUUCUGAUGUAGCACAACGUAACUUACAUCUAAUAACAACUUAUCCUUCUGAAGUAGAACGAUUACUGCCAAAUGAUAUCUUAAAUGCAGACAUUUAUAAACGUGAAACUUCGACAAACUCUCUCUACAUCAGUCUUCAACUUCACAGUGACGGUAUCGACCUAAUGACGACAAAACAUAAAAAUUGCUAUUUAACCACUGGUACAAUCCUUGAAAUUCCUCCAUCGAUCAGAGAUUUAGCCAAAAACAAAAUUCUUUUGAGUUUAUAUAUUGGCAAGAAACAACCAAGUAUUGAACUUAUGUAUGGUACAUUAAUCGAAGAUCUAAUCUCAUUAAUGAGAACAGAAAUUACUUUAGUUGAUGACAACAAAAAGAAACUCUACUUCAAGUUCAGAUGCCAGGGCGAUAAAAAUGAUUUGCCUUGUAGAGCAGUGAAAUGGAAGAUUUCUCAGUUUAACGGAUAUUUUUGUUGCACCAAUUGUAAACAACACGGUGAAACAAGAAACACAAGUUUUGUUUACUAUCCGUAUACUGAUCGGAAUCAUCCAAGAAGUCAAAAUGAUUUCCUCACUGCUGCUCAAUUAUCAGAGUCGAGAACACUGCCAAAUCAAAUUGCCAUAGUUGAAGAUAUUAAAGGUUAUUCACCCUUACUUCGUAUUUAUAACAAUGUUAGUGAAUCAGCAUUAUUUGACUACAUGCACGCAGUAUGUGGCAGUUCUGGCCACAUUGGCCAUUUAUUGAGAAAAUGGUUGUCGCAUGUGAAAUCACCAACAGCAACAGCAAUGACUGAUUUCGUCUUGAACAUAUUAGCACCUCAUGAUACUAAAGUUACAUUGAAACCAUUUUCUGAUUACGACUGGUGGAAAUCGAAAGAAUCGAAAUUUUUUUUAUUGUACAUUUCAAUGCCAAUGGUAGUGAAACUGUUACCGGCAAUAAUCGCAAAUCAGUAUGUUUUAUUUUUUAUUUCAACCAGGUUAGUGACUAGAGCUGUUUUUGUAAUUCUCGUUACAUCUUUUUUGGAUUUUUCUCUCAUAGAAUCUUGCAUUUCUACGAAGAUCCUUCACACAUUGAUGAUGCAGAUGAACUCCUAAAUCAAUACAGAAAAGAGAUUUCGUUGGUAUACGGUCCCGAUUUUGAUCUAUACACUAAUCAUUUGCUCAAAUAUUUCCCCGACCAAGUCAGAAACAGUGGUACAUUGUACACACACAGCUGUUUCUUUGAAGAAAGCUUUCUUGGAUAUAUCAAAAGUUUAAGAAAGAAUAGUACUGUUAAAAUUGGAAGAAAUAUUUUCAGUCAUUAUCUAGUUCAAAGAAGUGUAAUCAAGAACGAGAUUUUGACUUUAGAAAAAAUGUUUACUGAAGAAGAAAUAUUUGAUACGAAUUACAGAAGUAAAGUCGAACUAAAUAAAUUCAUGCCAAUAUUUCAACAGAAUUUUAAUGCCAACAUUCUCUUAACUGAUAUCUUCAGUCGUUUCAGAAGAGGACUGGUUCGUUUCCAUUCAUUGAUCUACCAACGUACCGGAGGAAAAAUCAGCUACUGUGUGUCAAUUGAGAAUCUGAACUGUAAUAAUCAUCAAAAGUGUUUUGCUGUAAUAAUUUUUUAUUUCAAAUCAAAUGGACUCGAGUGUGCAUUUGUAAAAUCGUUUAAAUGCAAAAAUAGUAUAGGUAGGAUAGCUAAUAUAGUAUAGGGGAGGCUGUUUUGAACUCGUACGAGUUUAAAAACGUGUUACGAGUUGAAAACUGUGUUAUGUUGUAGUAUAGCAUAGGGCAGGCUGUCUUGAACCCCUACGAGUUUAAAAGGUUGUUACGAGUUCAAAUGAGUGUUAUAUUCUCGCGAGUGUAAUAUGUGAACGUUUGGUUUAACGUUUUGAUGUGGGAGAAAGAUCAUUUAGUUUCUGGGCUAAGUGUUUUCCGAAAAUUUGUAUAUUGGGUUUAUAUGAUUUCCCGUCCUCCGUUUUUAAUAAAACUUUGAAAACAUGAUCUUCUGUUCACGAAACAUGUAUACGGUUAGCAUGGAGUAGCAGUAGUGGCUCCUGGGCUCUGAUAUGGGUUUUAUUGUAUUCUUUGGCUUUUGAUAAAUAAUGUGAUAUUUGGUAUGAUGGCAGGAGAUUGUAUGGACGGAUGUGUGUAAAUUUUCUUAGGAAAAAAAUGUUUUGUCCUAAAGGGACGCUG